AGUGCUAACGGACAAUAUUCUUUGCUGUCUACAGUGAAUUCUGUGAGACAAGGUUCAUGCCUUUGCUGGAACUACGCAAAACUAAAAUAAUGGAUAAUCGUACAAAUAUUGAUGGAAGCACAGAACAAUUAUGUGGUGAUACAUCAAAUGUUGCAGUUGAAUCAGAUUUGGGCACUUCGUCAAUAACUUUCAUCAAUGAUAAUAUACAACCCGUCAAUGAAGAGGCCUAUUCAAACGGAUUCAAUUUUGAAAACAAGGUUAUAAGAAGCAAUUUCUGUUUAAAACUUUUCCUAAUUAUAAGUACUCAGUUUGUCAUUACUUCAGGAAUCACUAGUUGGUUUAUAACCGAUAACAGUAUUACAAAUUUCAAUAGAAAAAAUUUAUCGCUGUUAAUUAUUAUUGCUGUUGUAUCAAUAAUGAAUUUUAUUAUGCUGGGAUUCUGCGGAGAACUUAGAAGACAGUUUCCUGUGAACUAUGCAUUCUUAAUGACAGUUACUAUUUGUAAAGCAUUUUUAUUGGCUACAAUAGCUAGUUUUUAUGACAAUUUAAUUAUAGUUAUAUCUGUUUCAUUAAUAUCAAUGACAUUAUUAUUAUUGAGUAUUUCGGCUGCUCAAACUUUUGUCAAAUUCAAUUAUUUUGUAGGAUUGAUAUUAUGCUUUUGUUUUAUCUUUAUUUGCGAUUGCUUGAUUCAUUUCUUCAGUUCAUUGAGUAUUUUGGACAUGUUAUAUUCUUCAUUAAGUGCUCUGAUUAUUACAGUUUACUUCCUUCAUGAAGUACUGAGUAUGGUACAAGGAAAUCAUACAUUUAAUAUAGCCCCUCACGAAUAUAUAUUUGCUGCUCUGUGUACAUAUCUUGACGUACCAAAUGUUAUAUUUGGUGUAUGUUUCAUUUGUAUUGGAAACUUUAAAGAGUCAAAAACAAAAGAUUCGAGUAUACCGUGAAAUUUCCAGUGAAAUGAUGUUCAACGAAUAGUUACAUUAUUAUUGUAAUAACUAUAAUGUUUUGUUUUUGUUCUAGUAAUGGAUAGUUAAUCUACAUCUAAAACAAAUGGUAUAGAAUAUGCGAUUGAUUAUUGUCCUUCCAAGUAUGUAAUUUCGAAUGAUGUUUCGGGUUGAGGACUCAAAAUGAAACUGUCGAAGAUUUUUUUUUAAAUGCCAACAUUUCAAUCAUUUAUUUGAUCUUUAUCAAGGCUAAAAUUAUAUUAUAGCUCAAACCUUGAUGAAAAUAAGUAAAAAGAUGUUUAUAUAAAUGAAUAGGAUAUACUGCAUCUAAAACAAACAUAAACAAAUAAGAACAUUGUUGUAUAAAACAGAAGAACAAUUAAAAAGUUAUUUAAAGAAACUGAUACACACACAUAUAAGUAAAAACCUGUGCAAACAACAUACCUUUUUAAAUUAUUAGACAUCAGUCAAAAGAUUAAAUUCAUAUAUACAUAGGUAUUCCGCACGAAGAGAUAAUUCUGUUUAGAUACAUCUAUCAGUGAAUGGAUACUUCCAAACUUUUACAAUAUUAACAAAAGCAUGGACGGUAAAAAUUGUUGGAAUUAUUACCAUCUAGUACUAGUCCGGUGAGUGUGUAUAUGUACCAUGUAUUUUUAGCCUUGAUAAAGAUUAAAUACAAGAUCGAAACGUUGCAUUUUAAAAAAUUCUUGUACAAUUUCAUUUUGAUUCCUCAACCCGGAACACCAUUCGAAAUUGAUUAUAAUAUAAAACUAUAAUUAUGAUGCUUACCUGUAAAAAUUUAAGAAAUUUGGAGAUAGAGGCACAAGUGUUCACAGGGAUACUCAAAAGUUUUGCUUCGGGACUUGCAAAAUGUUGAGUAGAUAACCAAAAUUAUUAUUCACUAAGUGUCUUUUGAAUCUCAGGAGUAUAUUAGUUUCUUCCGCUAAUACCGUUUGUAUCUUUAAUAUGUUGAAGCACCCAAAAAUUGUAUAAACAACUAUCCACCUGUUAUUAGGUAAUUAUUGUAACCUCAAUUUCUCUAAAUAAUGUAACUAUUGAAUUUUCUGCUUCCUGUGUCAUAAAUUCGCAUCGCCACUUUAGUCAUUCAAAAGAUUGACUUUGAAAACCCAUUUUUAUAACUGUAUAAUAUUUAUAAACAAUUUUGUUAUUUUGUCAUAAAAAGGGAUUAAGAUCCUAAAAUAAGUCACUCAAUAUUUCUCCUUGCCAUCAUAUACAGGGUGAUUCAUUAAGAAUGUCCAAUCUCUGAAAUGUAGAUUCUAGACCUCAAAAUAUGAUGAUUCUGCUCAACAUGCCUUAUGCAAAUAUUGCUGGUUUCCGAGUUCAAAGUUUAAAUUUAAAUUUUGAUUUUCGCAAUAAUUUUUUAUGUUUUCAAAUUUUCUCUUUGAAAAUUGGCAAUUUUACGUUCUUUGCCAUGAGGAUCAUAAUUUGCACUCUAAUUUAAAAUUGCUAAAAGAGGGUGCUAGUUACACUUGUUUGUGUUAAUUAAAUCAAAGUAAACUUUUUUUGGGCUAAGUUUACAACUAAAAUAAUAGAAAAA